AUGAAACCACAUCUAGAAUUAUUUCCACUCCCCUCCUUUUUAUUUCUUAUUUUGUCUUUCCCCUUUUCACUUGUUUACUCUCUAUUUUUAUGUCUCUUUUCAUCAUCAAAUUCAUAUUCUUUCCUUCACUUUUUUGCUUUCUUUUCUCUCUACCAUUUCCCCUCAUUUUCUUUGUAUAUACUUCAUUUCUUCACUAUUUUUCUUUCUUUCUUCCCUGCUUUCCUUCCUUUUUCUUUCUAUAUCUCCUUUCUUCCUUCUUUCCUUCCCUACUCCUUUUUCUUACUAUAUUUCUUCCUUCCUUCUUCCUUCCCCCUGCUUUUUCUUUCUAUAUCUCCUUCCUUCCUCCUUUCCUUCCCCCUCCUUUUUCUUUCUAUAUCACCUUCUUUCCUUUCCCCACUUCUUUUUCUUUCUAUAUCUCCUUCUUUCCUUCCUUCUUUCCUCCCCCCUCCAUUUUAUUUCUAUAUCUCCUUUCCUUUCCCCACUUCUUUUUCUUUCUAUAUUUCCUUAUUUUUUUCCUUCCCCCUCCUUUUUAUUUCUAUAUUUCCUUCCUUCCGUCCUUCCUUCUCGCCUCCUUUUUCUUUCUAUAUCUUCUUCUUUCCUUCCUCCUUUCCUUCUACUAUCCUUUUUCUUUCUAUAUCUCCUUCCUUCCUUCUUUCCCUUCCCCACUCCUUUUUCUUUCUAUAUCUUCUUCCUUCCUUCCUUAUUUCUCCCUCCUUUUUCUUUCUAUAUCUCCCUCUUUCCUUCCCCCUCCUUUUUCUUUCUAUAUCUCUUUCUUUCCUUUAUUCUUUCCUUCCUUCUUUCCUUCUUUCCCUUCCCACUCCUUUUUCUUUCUAUAUCUCUUUCUUUCCCUCCCCCUGUCCUUUUUCUUUCUAUAUCUACUUCUUUCUUUCCUUCUUUCCCUUCCCCACUCCUUUUUCUUUCUAUAUCUCUUUCCUUCCUUCUUUCUUUCCCCCAUCCUUUUUCUUUUUAUAUUUCCUUCCUUCCUUCUUUCUCUUCCCCACUCCUACGAAAAGAAUUUUCUAUAUCUUCUUCAAAUUCCUUCCUUCUUUCCCCCUUUUUUUUUUCUUUCUAUCUCUAAAUUUUUCCUCCCCUCCUUUUUCUUUCUAUAUCUCCUUCUUUCUUUCCUUCUUUCCUUCUUUCCCUUUCCACUCCUUUUUCUUUCUAUAUCUCUUUCUCCCCCCGUGUCCUUUUUCUUUCUAUAUCUACUUCUUUCCUUCCUUCUUUCCCUUCCCCACUCCUUUUUCUUUCUAUAUUUCCUUCCUUCCUUCCUUCUUUUUCUUACGAUAUCUCCUUUUUUCCCUUUCCCUCUCCUUUUUCUUUCUAUCUCUUUCUUGCCUUCCUUCUUUCUCUUCCACACUCUUUUUUCUUUCUAUAUUUCUUUCCUUCCCCCUUUCCUUCACCCCUCCUCUUUCUUUCUAUAUUUCCUUCCUUCCUUCUUUCCCUUCCCCACUUCUUUUUCUUUCUAUAUCUCCUUUCCUUCCUUCUUUCCUCCCCCCUCCUUUUUCUUUGUAUAUCUCCUUCUUUCCUUCAUUCUUUCCCUUCCCACUCAUUUUUCUUUCUAUAUCUCCUUCCUUCCUUCCCCAUUUUCUUUCUAUAUCUUUUUCCUUGCUUCCUAACUUCCCUCCUUCUUUUUCUUUCUAUAUCCCUUUUCUUCCUUCUUUUUCUUUCUAUAUCUCCUUCUUUACUUCCUUCCUCUCCUUACUUCCUUGUUCUUCCUUUCCAUUACUACCUCUCCUUCCUUUCUUUUUCUUUUUUCCUUCUUUUUCCGCCACUGUUGGUGUUCCUCCUCAUCUUUGUAAGCAAUACUCUUAUAUCUCCUUUUUACAUAGACUAAAGUAA